CCCUUCUGCUACCAGACGAGGUACUGUGGUCCUGCCGGGGAAGCUUGUGUGCUAUGGAAGCAAACGUGGCUUUUUGCUGUGGGGAGGUGUCGUCGCACCAUUAUUGGGUGGUGGAUAGGGGUACUUAAGAAAGGGAAGAAAAGGAAAGCAAAGGAAUCAGCAUCUCAGAAACCCAAAUUCCCAUAUCUUCCAUCGAAAACAUGGCCACCAUCCAACUCCCCGCCGAAUACGGCUACACCCUCGCCGCCGCCGUCUCCACCUUCUUCGUCGGCUCCUGGCUCGGCAUCCGCGUAACCAAGUUCCGCAAAGCGGCCCGCAUCCCGUACCCGUACGAAUACGCCUCGUACGAGCAAGUCACCUCGGCCUCGCCGGCGCAGUCCAAAGCCAUGGAUACUUUCAACCGCGCGCAACGCGGGCACCAGAACUUCCUCGAGAACCAGGGCUCCGCCGUCGGCGCCAUGCUCAUCGCGGGGCUCCGGUAUCCCGUCGCGAGUGCGGUCUUGGGCGGGAUCUGGAGUUUGGGUAGGGUCGUGUAUGCGUGGGGGUAUACGAGUGGUGGGGAGAAGGGGAGGUAUAGGGGGAUUUUUGGCCAGUUGGCGCAGUAUGUUUUGUAUGGGUUUGCGGUGAAGAGUGUUUGGGAUGUGGUUAGUGGGGCUUGAGAGGUCCGGGGGUAGUAUAUCGGAUGGAGGAAAGUAUGGGGAGUUGAAGAGGGCGGUAUGGAUAUAUAAUGAGGAAGAUGUAAUAAAACGGACAAUCCUGACAAUCCGUUCAGAAAUGAUGAGUCGACGAAAGGAGAGGGAUUCAUUCGCUGAGGAGCAUGAUUUGAUGUAUGAUAUGGGGUACGUACGUAUGUGUGGAAUUGCAAGAGCUUGUGUCCCUAAAAAACGUCCUGCCGCUAUUACCCUGCAGCCUUCAUCCAUUUCUCCAACCUCCAUUCUACAUCUCAACCCAGAAACGCCUAAUCAGACCACUAACUACCCCUUCCACACCGGCGGCCCAGGCAAACUAUGCUCCUUCAACCCAUAGUACCCAU